AUGGACCGCAUCAGAAACACUACGCUGCGCUCAAAAACUCGCAUAGCUGACGUAGGGGAAAAGACCGCCAGGCUGAAGUGGGACUGGGCAGGCCACGUUUGCCGCAUGCAUCAGGAUAGGUGGGCUAAUAUAUCCACCAUGUGGAUGCCGACAAAGAAGCAGGGACGUGGCAGGCCUAGGCGAAGAUGGCAGGACGACUUGGACACUUUUAUGAUUGACUGGCCGGAAAAAGCACAUCAGAGGGAGUUGUGGAAAUCAAAGGGAGAGGCCUUUGCUCAGCAAUACCCCGUCUCUAUUGCGCGAUCCAAUGCUCGAGUGAUUGUCGCGCAUAAUCUGUACACAGCUUAA